AUGGCCGGCGAGGGUGACAAUAGCGGGGGCGCCGCGAAGGCCAAGAAAGUGCUUGUACCGAUCGCGACUGGGACGGAGGAGAUGGAGAGUGUGAUUGUAGUGGAUGUGCUUCGACGUGCGGGAGCCGAGGUGGUGGUUGCGUCCGUCGAGCCGCAGAAGGCGAUCGUCGCGUCGCGCGGAGUGAAGCUCGUCGCGGAUGACGUCAUCACGUCGGUCGUGGAUACGGAUUUCGACCUCGUCGUCUUGCCAGGAGGCAUGCCAGGCGCCGAGUACCUGAGGGACAGCGCACCCCUCAAGCAGAUCGUGGAGCGCCACAUGUCGCUCCCCCAUUCGUCCGUGGCUGCCAUCUGUGCCGCCCCUGUGGUGGCCCUCCAAUCGUGGGGCGUCCUGACUGCCACCACCAAAGCCACAGCCCACCCGGCCUUCUCCGAUAAGUUGACUGGCGUUGACCCAGCGGUUACCGCAUCUCGAGUCGUGGAAGACGGUAACGUGGUUACCAGCCGUGGCCCUGGCACUGCGAUUGAGUUUGCGCUUGCGCUGGCAACUCGGCUGUUUGGGGAGGCGAAAGCAGCUGAAGUAGCCGCAGGAAUUGUAGCUGCAAAGGGGGACGGAUCAGAUCUGCUGCGUGUGGUGGAAAAUAAGGAUAAGAUUCCGAAGCCGAAGAAGGAAGGGGAGGAGGUGACAGUGCUGGUGGCAGUGGCUGACGGAACAGAGGAUGUGGAGGCGGUUGUUCCCAUUGACGUGCUUGUGCGUGCAGGAGCGAAAGUAACCGUUGCUUCUGUUAGCGAUUCUCUUGAUCUGAAGUUGCGUUGUGGGACGAACCUCACAGCUGACACCACCCUCACUGACUUGGCUGCUGCGGGGCAUAAAUUUGACCUUGUGUUCGUUCCUGGGGGUAUUCCCGGAGUGAACCACCUUCGCGACAACAUCCUGCUGGACGGCAUUCUGCGUGAGCAAGUGGCUGACGGACGGCUGUGUGCAGCCAUAUGCGCUGCCCCGGUUGUGGUGCUCCAGUCUAAGGGGUUACUCCAAGGGAAGAAGGCCACAGCACACCCGUCCCUUUCUGACCAGCUUGCAGAUCAAUCUGCAGUGCCGGCACGUGUGGUGGUUGAUGGUCCGAUCGUGACGAGUCGAGGGGCGGGGACGGCAUUUGAAUUCGCCCUCACCCUCGUGGAGUAUCUCUUUGGAGAAGAUAAGGUUGUGGCGGUAGCCAAACCGAUGGUCAUGAGCCCUGCGCUUGUCCCUGUGCCUGUGCCGGCAUAG